GACACAAUUUAUACAUUUACGCGAUCUAACCCAAAAAAAAACCUCUAUGAGGAUUAAUGUUUAUUAUUUAACAUGUUUCAUUCUUGAUACCGCUGGCGGAGGACUGGACAGGAUGGAAGGCCUCGGUGGAGUCAGUUUUUUUUCAGUUUAUUUAUUUUUGUAUAGCCCUGUGAUCUAUUCGGCUCUUGAAUCUUGUGCAACCACAACAAACAGAAAAACAUAACACAUGAACACAGUCGCUGCCCCCGCGGCCCGAUAUUGAUCGAUUGAUGUUCAUUCUUUAAAUUGUCCAAGCCCCAUGGUGUGAACAAGCGUCGUCUCCAACUCUCUGGCCUCUAUGUGUUAUGCACAAGGACCAUUGCCCGAAACGUCUCCAGUUAAAUGUGCCCAUUGAAGGCGAAUGCGAUCAGCGCAGUCGGCGUUGCCCGCGCGUUGCAUCUCGGGUAACUGGCCCUGAUGACGUCAACAGCCUGCGUCGGCUACAAACGAUUCCUCGUCCGCAUUCAUUUUUAUACACGCUCACGAUCCACGUUUUCGGUUCACGCACAACGAAAACCCUCUCCGUUACAAUUUAUGACACUUUUCUCGCAAAGCGUAGACGACCCGUUACAAAAUUUAACGACAAAGAGCUGAAAUAGAAAGAAACAGAAGGACGAAGAUAACGAUAGGAGGAAGGAGGGGGAGGAAAUCGAUUUCCUAAUCGAUAUACUCGACUAGUUAAUCGCAGAAUCGCCACGGCUCUUCUUCACCCCGCACACGUGUUUGGGCCGACAUGGCGGACCUGAGCAUGAAGAUUCUGCGCAAGCGGCUCGCGAAGAAGAACAGCAAACUCCGGGGCACUGGCAAAGCCGCACCAGUGCCCAGGCCUACACAGGUCGAGGAGGAGGUGGAAGAAGGAGGAGGAGCAGCAACAGACGCAGCGAAGGAGGAGGAGGAGAGUGUUUCCCCAGACGUUGGGAACGCGAGCCCCUCGGCCCCAGCAGAGAACGGGACCCAGGAAACGCAGGGGAAGAAGCGACGAAAGAGAAAGAAGAAGCAAUCAACGGGCAACGACGCGGGUGGCACUGAGAGCAAGAGGCCGCGCGGCGAGGACGUCGAGGCCGACGGGGAGAACCAAGAGCAGACAGACGACGAGAAGCGGAGUGGAGAGGGAACGGACGGGGAGACGAAGGACAGUGAUGACGAUGGACCCGCCCUGCCCAUCGGCACCACCGGUGCGUUUGAGGACAUGUCGUUUUCGUCGCUGGCGGAGCUGGUGUCUGAGUACACGCUGAAGGCCGUGGCCGAGAUGGGGUUUGCCACCAUGACGGAGAUUCAGCACAAGAGCAUCCGCCCUCUGCUCGAGGGCCGGGACAUCCUGGCGGCGGCACGCACGGGGAGCGGCAAGACGCUGGCUUUCCUCAUCCCGGCCAUCGAGCUCAUCCACAAAAUCAAGUUCAUGCCGCGCAACGGUACGGGCGUGCUCGUACUGUCGCCGACGCGGGAGCUCGCCAUGCAGACGUACGGCGUGCUGCGCGAGCUCAUGAAGCACCACGUGCACACUUACGGCCUCAUCAUGGGCGGCAGCAACCGCACCGCCGAGGCACAGAAGCUCGCCAAGGGCAUCAACAUCCUGGUGGCAACACCGGGCCGUCUGCUCGAUCACAUGCAGAACACGAACACGUUCAUGUACAAGAACCUGCAGUGCCUGGUGAUCGACGAGGCUGACCGCAUCCUGGAGGUCGGCUUCGAGGAGGAGAUAAAGCAGAUCAUCCGCCUGCUGCCCAAGAAACGGCAGACGAUGCUGUUCUCGGCGACACAGACGCGAAAGAUCGAGGAUCUGGCCAAGAUCUCGCUGAAGAAGGAGCCGUUGUACGUAGGCGUGGACGACCACAAAGAAACCGCCACCGUGGACGGCCUGGAGCAGGGCUACGUGGUGUGCCCAUCGGAGAAGCGCUUCCUGCUGCUCUUCACCUUCCUCAAGAAGAACCGCAAGAAGAAGAUCAUGGUGUUCUUCUCCUCCUGCAUGUCCGUCAAGUUCCACUACGAGCUCUUCAACUACAUCGACCUCCCCGUCAUGGGCAUCCACGGCAAGCAGAAGCAGACGAAGCGCACGACGACGUUCUUCCAGUUCUGCAAUGCUGACUCGGGGACGUUGCUCUGCACCGACGUGGCGGCGCGUGGCCUCGACAUCCCCGAGGUCGACUGGAUCGUCCAGUUUGACCCCCCAGAUGACCCAAAGGAGUACAUCCACCGCGUGGGCCGCACAGCGCGCGGUAUCGGAGGCCAAGGCCACGCGCUGCUCAUCCUGCGCCCUGAGGAGCUCGGAUUCCUGCGCUACCUCAAGCAGGCGCGGGUGCCGCUCAGCGAGUUCGAGUUCUCCUGGUCCAAGAUCGCCGACAUCCAGUCCCAGAUGGAGAAGCUGAUAGAGAAGAACUACUACCUGCACAAGUCUGCGCAGGAGGCCUACAAAGCCUACGUGCGGGCCUACGACUCUCACUCGCUCAAGCAGAUCUACAACGUCUCCACGCUGGACCUGCAGAAGGCCGCUCUCUCCUUCGGAUUCCGCGUGCCGCCCUUCGUCGACCUCAACGUGCACAGCAGCAAGGGCAAGGGGCUGCAGAAGCGCGGCGGUGGCGGUGGUUUCGGCUUCGGCCACCAGAAGAGCCGGCACGACCACGGCGCCAAGAUCUACAAGCACGUGGGCAGGGCCGGCGGCGCCAUGGGCAGGGCCGGCGGCGCCAUGGGCAAGGCCGGCGGCGCCAUGGGCAAGGCCGGCAGCACUGUGGGCAAACCCGACCGGCGCCAGUUCACCCGAUGAGCUGUGCCCCGCCCCCUUCCCACCCCCUCCUCGCCCCCUUCCCCCACCCCCUCGCCCCCUUCCCCCACCCCCGCCUCGCCCCCUUCCCCCACCCCCGCCUCGCCUAACCUCAUCUGUUCGGGAUGAGUUUCCAUUUAUACAUUUCUGACGUUGGAUUUUUAAGGACAAUUUCGGAUGUUAUAUUUUUCUUUAGGUCGUCGACAUUGCGUAAAUAAUUUAUCGUAGUAAUGUCACCCACGUUACUCCACUUUUGGGGGGUUGAAAACACGGAUGAAGUGUGUGUGUGACGUAAUUUCCUGUGACAUUGUAGGAUACAAACAAUAUUGCAUUUGGCAUCAACUGGAAUUUCGUACUCAUUCGUGUUGGUCGCGAAAGCCUACGUGUUAAACUGAAAUGUCGUACGUUAAGACGUGGUUUUCAACAUUUUCGGACGAAUCUGUAAAACCGGAAACAUACAAUUCCUACUGCUCAGCGUUUCACAAGAUGUCAGUGUCGUUUCUCAAUGCAUCCCUGUUUCCUUAUUCAGACAACCCAGGGAGACACCUAUGUCUCAUUGUUGUCCCCCAAUCCAGCAGUGGAAAUUCCACAUUCCCAGGGCAGGGGCCAGUCAGCCUUCACUCAGUGGGUUGUAGCUCGUUCUCCUCUACUUCGUGUGACUCCCUUCCCACAGCGAUCCGUGUUGUCGAAUCCCUGUCCCGAAUCGAGUCCAGGUUCAAGACCUCUCUUUGCCUAUAACUAACUUGUUUAUAUAUGUGUAUAACAAAUUAAAAACAACUCCUUUUGCCAGAAUGUCAA